AUGGAAUAUAAUGUAUUUGCACAAGCUACUAAAAUUCAAGAUAUCAAAUCUUCUCGGAUUAGUUCCUAUCAAUACAUUCAUGAGUAUCAGAUUUUACAAGAUAAACUUAGUAUUAGAGAUAUAAGAGCUGAAGCUUAUGCUUUAGCUCUAUCAGCAAAAAAUGCUAAUGCUGGCUUAUUAUAUCUUACUUGUCUUUAUAGAGAAUUAAGAAACCUUAAUGUAUCACUUGAGAUAAUUGAGGUUACAAAAUUUCUAGAUAUUACAGAAGAUGCUAACAAAAUUCAGAGUAUCAAUCAGAAAAAAGCUGAAGCUAAACGUAUUGAUUAUUCAGAUGAAUUUAUAUUAGAAUUAGUCAAAGAAAGAUUAGAUAUAUAUAAUAUUAAAACUUUAUCUGAUUAUCAGGCUCUUGCUGAUAUUAUGAUGAUACUUUGUAUUCAUCCUGCUGAACUUAAAACUUUACGCAUUACAGAUACUAAAAUAACAGAACGAGUCAAAGAACUACUCACUUGGAUUCAGCAUGCUAUAUUAUCUAGACGAAUAGGAACAGUUUACAGUGCAGUAGCACAUAAAGCUAAAAAUAUGGCCUACACUUAUACAAUUGCUAGAGAAUGUCUACAUUAUUUAUCUAAUAAUCAUACUUCUCCUGUGCAAAAUUACAUUGUAGUCAAUUAUAGAAAAAGAGGAGUUCCUUAUAAGCAAGCAAGACGAUUUCAUAUCUAUGAUCAAGAUUAA